AAGGAGCAAAAGCGGAAAAAGAAACCUCUUGAUCGUCUGCAAAAGGCGUGCAACGCAACGUUUUAACGUUUUCUUACCAUUUUAGAUCGGACGGCUAAACCUAGAUCUCAAUACAUCUAACCCUUUAUAUAUACGAAGCUAGAGCUUAAUCUCAAUUUCUGUGUGAAUCAAAGCUUCGACGAGCGUUCUUCAGCAAAACUCUUCAUCUCUCUCUAUCUCUCUCUCUAAGAUCUAAUCGACUAUGGCCACUAUCACACAUGUGAAAGCUAGACAGAUCUUCGACAGCCGUGGAAACCCCACCGUCGAGGUCGAUGUCCACACAUCCACCGGCGUGCAGGUCAGAGCUGCCGUUCCUAGUGGAGCCUCCACUGGAAUCUAUGAGGCCCUUGAGCUCAGGGAUGGAGGAUCUGACUACCUUGGAAAAGGUGUCUCAAAGGCUGUUGGAAAUGUAAACUCAAUCAUUGGCCCAGCAUUGAUUGGCAAGGACCCUACCCAGCAGACUGCUAUUGACAACUUCAUGGUUCACGAACUUGAUGGUACCCAAAAUGAGUGGGGCUGGUGCAAGCAAAAGCUUGGAGCCAAUGCUAUUCUUGCUGUCUCUCUUGCUGUUUGCAAAGCUGGCGCUGUUGUCAGUGGAAUUCCUCUCUACAAGCACAUUGCGAAUCUUGCUGGUAACCCCAAGUUGGUGCUACCAGUUCCUGCCUUCAAUGUCAUCAACGGUGGAUCACAUGCAGGAAACAAGCUUGCAAUGCAGGAGUUCAUGAUUCUCCCUGUUGGAGCUUCAUCUUUCAAGGAAGCCAUGAAAAUGGGUGUGGAAGUUUACCACAACUUGAAGUCUGUGAUUAAGAAGAAGUACGGUCAGGAUGCAACAAACGUUGGUGAUGAAGGUGGCUUCGCACCAAAUAUUCAGGAGAACAAGGAAGGUCUUGAAUUGCUCAAGACUGCCAUCGAGAAGGCGGGAUACACUGGCAAGGUUGUCAUUGGAAUGGAUGUCGCUGCAUCUGAGUUCUACUCGUCAGACAAGACCUACGACUUGAACUUCAAAGAAGAGAACAACAAUGGUUCUGAGAAGAUUUCUGGAGAAGCUCUCAAGGACCUCUACAAAUCAUUUGUUGCUGAGUACCCAAUUGUAUCCAUUGAAGACCCAUUUGACCAAGACGACUGGGAGCACUAUGCUAAAAUGACCGGCGAGUGUGGCGAGAAAGUUCAGAUUGUCGGUGAUGAUCUGUUAGUCACCAACCCCAAGAGGGUUGCCAAGGCGAUCAGUGAAAAGUCUUGCAAUGCUCUUCUUUUGAAGGUUAACCAAAUCGGAUCUGUAACUGAGAGUAUUGAGGCGGUUAAGAUGUCAAAGAGAGCUGGUUGGGGAGUGAUGGCUAGCCACCGUAGUGGAGAAACCGAGGACACCUUCAUUGCCGAUUUAUCUGUCGGUUUGUCAACCGGUCAAAUCAAGACCGGAGCUCCUUGCAGAUCAGAGCGUCUUGCCAAAUACAACCAGCUAUUGCGAAUUGAGGAGGAGCUUGGAGCAGAGGCAGUGUAUGCAGGAGCCAACUUCCGCACCCCAGUCGAGCCUUACUAGAGAGACUCUAACACAGAGCUGAGUUUGAUUAAUGUUUGAGGCUUUGAAGGUCAAAUAAAGGGAUUUUGUUUUCAUUUGUUUUCAGCUGAGUCGGUUCUUGUUUUUGGUAGAGAAAAGUGUGUUUGGUUUUAAACCUUUAAUGUGAUGCGAGCUGCUUGCUUUUAUUAUACUACUUCUUCUCCCUCUUUCUUUGUGCUCCAGUUUUAUCUUCUACGGAAUUCACAUAAGACACUAA